AUGCUGGGCAGCGUGGAGAGGAUAUCGUACGACGGCGAGUUUGUGCGACUUGUGGAGCUCCGCCUGCCGCUGCGCGGCUCCUUGCAAGGUCAGCUGUUAUCGAUACGGACAUGUGAACGUAUUGGCCAGGGCUCCUUCGGCACCGUUUACCGCGCCGUGUGCGACGGGUAUCCCAGGCUGGCGCUCAAGAUUGCCACCGGAAAGGCCGCACGUCUUCGCCAGGAGUUAGACGUCCUUCUCAAGGUGUGCACAAAAGGGAAACUGCUGCUGCCUCGGUUUGAGUUUGGGGCUAUAAACAAAACUGGUGAUCUGAUUAUUGUCGGUAUGGAGCUUUGUGUGCCUUCGACGCUACACGACUUGCUUUUAGUGACACGCCUCACCAAUGAAGCCGACAUGCUGUUUCUCGCCUACCAGGUGUUGCAGGCUGUUGCCUGCGUUCACGAGCAGCGAUGCAUUCAUAGAGAUGUUAAACUUCAAAAUUUUGUGUUUGACCUGGACGGCAACCUGAAACUCAUAGACUUUGGAUUGGCCUCAAGUGAAUGGAACCCGCCACCGGGGGACGUGGUGGCCGGCACUGUUUCAUUCAUGGCACCAGAAAUGGCCCACAACGCACUGCACAGAGAUCAGCGGGUUAGCGUUGGCGCCGCCGCUGAUGUGUGGUCGGUGGGCAUCGUAUUUUUCUCCAUUUUCACGCAGCGCAAUCCGUACCCGCCAUCCAUCAACUCCAUGUCUUCGCCUCACUCCUGUGCGGAUGAUGAGGAGGAUGCCGACGAAGGUGGGGCGGCAGUGCCGAGAAGGCUCAAUGGGGAGAAUGUGCGACUGCUGCGCCGCGUGGCUGCUGCGGACUGGCGGUGGCCUGUGGGUUGCAGCGUCUCCAACGAACUGCGGCAGCUUGUGGAGUUUAUUCUUGUUCCCGAUCCCGUGAAACGGCCGGAUGUUUCGACGAUUCUCAGCAAGCCAAUCUGGAACUCCCGUCGUCGUGCCCCGCCCACCGCUGUGACCGCGUUUUUGGGCGUCCAAGACGACUUUCUGUUGUCCCACGACGAGGCUCACCUGCUGCGGGCCGUGGAGCAGCGCAGCGCCGACGUCACCGCCAGCCUGAUGGGCAGCCGCGCCAACAGCCCCGAUGAGGCCGAGGCGGAAGAGGCAGAGCGACGCGCGUCACUAAAAUUUGUGGCCAGGGAGGAAACGGCGGUUGGCGGCGUGCCGACGCAUCAACUGUACGAUGUUCGCCGCGAGGCGAGGCGGAAGCGGCCCCUGCGUGAAAUAUCUGUAGUUAUCGCUGAAGAGACGGCGAAGGGACUCAGGCGGCGCCAGCCGAAACGGGCACGUGGGGAGCUCGUUUCCGCUUCACGUGGCGAAUCACAUGCAAGUUCUCGUGUCAAUUCACGCGGGAACUCCCGUGCCACCUCCCCGGUGACGCAGACUCGUAUCAAUGGAGCAGACAAACUUCUGGACAACACAGCAAGGAAUGACAAGAGGUCUCGCAGCAUUCCUCAGUCAUCGUCGGCGAAUUUUGAGGAUGCGGGGGAAGCGGAAGUAGAUCUGGUUGCGGCGAAAAAGACAAUUUCUCCCGUAGGGGCUCUGGGUGUUCAAGAGGAAACGAGGAGCGCAACCGAGCUCUCCACGCCGUGCCUGCGCCCUUGUCACGUCGGCUACGAAGGUGAUACCAAGCAGACGUUGCCAAGGGAAACCGUGGAUGCGUCGGCUGCGGGUAUUGCCUCAGAUGGAGUACGUCAGCCAACAGACGCCAUACCUGCUCGCCUUGCCAGGAAGGACCUUGCGUCGGGAUGGGUGGCGGAGAGGAAAGUUGUCGCCAUGGAGGCGGCUGUACGGAGUCUUGCAGAGAAUAUGAUUUCUUUACAGCUAGAAUAUCUUUUCUCCGUCUUCCGCGUGACGACGGAGGAAAGGCAAGACCGGCUUGACAUGAUGUGGUUGGCGGAGGAGCAAAGAAAAUCAGCUGCGCAUCCUCACCGCUUCAAGGAGACCACUCGCGUAAGCAAGAAGUAUCAGUACGGUUUUGUAUGUGACAUGUGUCACUAUGAGUUU